AUGACUGAAUCUGCCUUGAGUAGCGCCAGUAACGCUCUGAUGCAGAAACUAACAGGUCGACAACUUUUUGACAGGAUUGGCCGUCCUACUAGAAUUGUUGCACCAAUGGUAGACCAAUCCGAACUAGCAUGGCGUAUUCUGUCCAGAAGAUAUGGUGCAACCUUGGCGUACACUCCCAUGUUGCAUGCAAAAUUAUUUGCUACCUCUAAGAAAUAUAGAGAAGAUAACUGGUCUUCCAUAGAUGGCUCUAGCGUAGAUAGGCCGUUGAUUGUACAAUUCUGUGCUAAUGAUCCCGAGUAUCUAUUGGCAGCAGCUAGACUAGUGGAGGAUAAGUGUGAUGCCGUAGAUUUGAAUUUGGGAUGUCCUCAAGGUAUAGCUAAAAAGGGACACUAUGGGUCAUUUUUGAUGGAAGAAUGGGACCUAAUACAUAACCUAAUCAACAACUUGCAUAAAAAUUUAAAAGUUCCAGUUACAGCAAAAAUACGUAUAUUUGACGACCGUGAAAAGAGUUUAAACUAUGCCAAAAUGGUACUGGACGCUGGAGCUCAAUUUCUUACAGUACAUGGGAGAGUAAGAGAACAAAAAGGACAAAAGACUGGUUUAGCCAACUGGGAAACAAUAAAAUACCUAAGAGAUAAUUUACCCAAAGAAACUGUGUUUUUUGCCAACGGGAAUAUCCUGUAUCCUGAAGAUAUUACACGUUGUAUGGAACACAUUGGCGCAGACGCAGUGAUGAGUGCUGAGGGGAACCUAUACAAUCCUGGCGUUUUCAAUGUAGGCCAAACUAAAGACAAGGACAAGGUAUUUCCACGUGUAGAUAAGAUCAUCAGAGAAUAUUUCCAGAUCGUCAAAGAAUGCCAAGAAUCCAAAGCCUCCAAGACAGCAAUGAAGUCACACUUUUUCAAAAUUUUGAGGCCUUUCUUACCACAUCACACCGACAUCAGGUCAACGCUUGCGACCAUGAAUGCAAAAGCUACAUGGGAAGAAUGGGAAGAACAAAUAGUGAAGCCUGUAGAAAUAGUGGUGCAAGUAAUAUUCGAACAGCCAGAUAUCGAGAUUAAGGAUGAAAUUAUUAUCGGCGAGAAGCAGUCAUGGGGUGGAUCAUAUAGAACUGUUCCAUACUGGAGGUGCCAGCCAUAUUUUAGGCCUGUUAACGGUAUCACCGGUGAUAAAAGAGUUAUGCAAGGCUUGACAGAUGCAGACAUAAACAAGAAACGUAAAGCUGAUAUGCCGCUAGAAUCGGCCGACAAGAAGAAGGACAUAAAGGCGUAG